AAUACGGAAACCACAGAAUCUACGGAGAGACAGCAACAUGACCGCAAUGAUGCACCAAAAAGCGCACAAAAGUCCUUCCUGAAAGGCUCGAAGCCAACUCUUCCGCCAAAUGUAGAGCUCCGUGGGCCCACAAAAGAAGACAUGCCGUCUUUCAAGAAACUCAACAGUCUGCUCCUGCCGAUCCCCUACCCGGACAGCUUCUACAAGGAGAUCCUCGCGGACCCUGUGGACCGGAGCAUCACCCUCAUGGCUCUAUGGCACGACUCACCAUCCGACAUUGGAAAAGUCAAGGGCCGACUGAUCGGCGCUAUCAGAUGUCGUCUUUUCGCACAUCCACCUGGAGACUCUGCUUCGAAAGCAAGGAUUGAUGGGCCGAUGCUUUACCUCUCUACUCUGGUCUUGCUGUCCCCAUACAGGGGCUACGGAAUUGCUGCGCACAUGCUCGACAAUUUGAUUCGCAGUGCCGUGGAUGACUACGAAAUCACCAGCGUUGGAGCGCAUGUGUGGGAAGCGAACGAGGAAGGCUUGGAGUGGUAUCGCAAGCGAGGAUUCAAGGUGGUCAACCAAGAAGCGGGCUACUAUCGACGUCUGAACCCACCCGAUGCCGUCGUGAUGUUGAGGGAUGUUGGGGUGAUGGAUCUCGCUGGAAAGUGA